CAGAAUAGAGAUGUGGAAAAUACAACACCAGCACUACUUAUUGAGGAAGUUGAGCAUGUAUUGAGUAUAAGAUCUUCUGUUAGACAAAUAAACCAGUCUCCAUUUAUUAUUAGUAGAAGGAGUCAAAAACAUUCACCAUAUCUUGCUUCACCUUAUAAUAACACUAAUAUAAACAACCCUGGUAUGAGAAAUUCUAAGCAAAAUAUUAGCGUUUUCCCGCCUUUAAUUGAAACAUUAUCUUCCCAACUACCACCUUACUCAUGGGCCACAGAUGAAGUACAAAUAAUAAUCAGAGCCAAGACAGUUCUAACUAUGAAUUAG